AUGCCUCGUCACGAGUGGGCCAUGGCUAGGACAUGGCUGCUGCUUCUCCUGGGCCUCAGGUGUCAGGCUCUACCAUCAGGCAUCGCUGGCACCCCCUUUCCUUCUUUGGCUCCACCCAUCACGCUGCUGGUGGACGGAAGGCGGCACACGCUGGUGGUCUGCCUGGUCCUGGACGCAGCACCCCCUGGCCUUGACAGCCCUGUCUGGUUCUCAGGUGGGAACGGCAGUGCACUAGACGCCUUCACCUACGGGCCCUCUCCGGCACCAGAUGGCACCUGGACUAGCCUGGCCCAGCUUUCCUUGUCCUCUGAAGAGCUUGAAGCUUGGGAGCCCUUGGUCUGCCACACUAGGCCUGCAGCCGGAGGCCUCAACCGGAGCACGCACCCCCUCCAGCUGUCAGGGGAAGAAGCUUCCACGGACAGAACCUGCCCUCAGGAGACUCUCAGGGGGACACAACGUCAGGUACUGCGGCUGAGCGUCCUGCGUCUGCUCCUCUUCAAGCUGCUUCUGCUAGAUGUGUUCCUGACCUGCAGCCGCCUCUGUGUGCUGGCGGGCCAGCACCUCUUGCCACCACCCUCAAGCAAGCAAGCCCCGGCUCCCACCCACCAAAGUUGGACUUAAUGAGGUUAUGAGCUUAGAUCUUGUCCACCCAUCUAAGCCUAGGGUGGUAACGCUGGACACUACUGCUCCCUGGGGCAGGAAACACAGAGUCCCGGAGCUGGUGAUCCCCGCUCAGUGUUUCUUGUUCAAACUGGGGGCUUCCUUGUUUUUGUGUAUGUGGUCUCCCUCUUCCUGUGAUUAGAGCUAUCGGGGACUGGAGUCUUGCCUCCCCUGUCAGACUGAGACUUUGGGAGGAAAAGGACCAUGUCUCUCCCAUCAGACUGGGCAGGAGGAUGUGCCCGGUAACUAGGCACAAUACAAAAGGUUUAUACAACAC